CAGAAAAAAUGUACUGAUCAUAACUAUUUUUAUGGAAAGUAAUCGUAAAAUGAAACACAAUCUACUGUCAGUUGUCACAUCUUCACUGUCAAUGUCAGUUGUCAACACACAAAAUAAUGUCCUCUAAAAUCAAAUACAUUCGCUUUCUCAGCUGUUUACUAAAGUUAGUAGUAUCUCUAUGAAGCGGGAAUUCACAAAAAAACGAACCAUGGAAGGAAAAUCGCGCAGGCGCGAAAAUUAAAGAAAAAGACAACGCAAAAUGAGAGGCUAGCAUUUUACAUUUUAAUAAUUUUAUCAUAGUUUUAUUAGAUUUAAGUAGUUCAAUGAUAAGAUAAAAAAAAGGUUAAAAUGUUAGGUAAAACCAGGGGAUCAAAAAGAAGCGAUUAUCGCUUUGUUGUUAAAUAUUGAAAUGUUUCUGCAGGGUCGCGUUAUAAUUGUUUGGUUAUCGUGGCUUAUCGGAGGCGUUUGCGGCGUUGUUAUUCUGUUGAUUAUUAUUUGUUACUGCCGCCUAAUGCCGCGCCACCAGAAAUCUUUCGACGAGCAAUAUCUCAAAGAACAUUACACAAUAAAAGAAGGGCAUGGAUAUACGAAUCAAGAAAAUUACAGGGUGAAACAUACAGAGGUGCAAGUGCAGCGCCACAUGCGGCCAGCCAGCUACGCGGGGGACGCGGAGUGCCGGCGCGGGCGCGAGGCGGUGCGCGCGCAGGCGCACUGCUACGUCAACCGCGUGCCUGACGCGCCGCGCGACCACGCCGGCGCCGGCCAGUACGCGUCCAGUGGCAUGCUGGACGAGAUGGAGGGCGCAGCCAGCAUCGACGCGCUGAAGACGCGCUCGCUGCCCGCCUUCCUGCGCCCCAAGCCGCGCCCGCUGUCCACUGAAGACGACCUACACCAGCUGUACGCUAAGGUGAACCUCAGUAAAAAGUACAAGAACCGCAUGCGCAGCGAGCACGCGGCUAUCAUCGCUCUGAGCAAGUCGCAGAGCCAGUUCUUCGACGCGGACGCCGUCAUCGUGUACGACCAGCGGACUGCGUUAUAGGCAAAGAGGUUAUACACAGGUAGUUAUAGGUAUAGACCUCGGCAACCAAAGUGGCGGUUAUCUACCCAGGUACAGAAACCAAACUGUUACGAUAAAUAUGUCAAAUAAUUGAAAAUUUCACACGCGAUUUUUAUGUCGUCAAGGUUGCUAUGGUUACUGGUCCGUACGACAAUGACAUCCACACGUGUUUCUGCGCAUAGGUCAACUUAUAGGCCGCCAACUAUACUGGGGUAAAGGCAUCUAAUCUAAAGAUGAAAGUUUUAUACAACUUUGAAUAUUUGUAAAUCAGACAUUUUGGACAAUAAUACUUGUUGUGUCUGUUUUAUGAUAGCAUACUUAUAUCUUCAAAUUUUAAUGUAAUGAGACAGGAACAUAAUGGACAUCUCAAAUAUAUUAAAAAAUCGUUUUUGUGGCAAAUCAAUGGUACAGUUGAACGCUGUGACCUAUUUAAAUGAACAGUGUGUGUUGUAAGUAUAAAAGGCCCAUGUAAAUUUAAAACUGACAAUAUACUUUAUUUUAACUUUAUAAUGUCACGUAAAAAUUACGUAGGUAGGUAUAUGAGAGGGUUUCUUAGUGUUCCAUUUUUCUUUUCCUUUCCUUUUCCCUUUUUUUACAAGCACAUCAUUUCAAACAUCAAAUUGGUGACUAAGUUUCAAAUCCUCUCCUGGCGUUGGCGUUUGAAAAAAAUGGGCCAUUGAAAAAAGGCUGAUAAAUUAUUAAUUCAUUUACUUAUUUAUAAGUGAAGUCAGUUUUAAGUUAAAAUGAUUAAAGUAAAGGCACUGUACCAUUGCAGCGCACGUAUAGGUACUUACAUGGUAUACUUAUGACCAAUUUUAACAGUAUGCGUAAGUUGAAGGCGUUUCCAAAGCUAGAGGACCAAGUUUUGUGACAUUAGAACAAAAUACCAGAAGUUUGAUUAGAAUGGGGAUCUGGGGCACCAUUAGAAUGGGGAUCUGUGUUCAACAAAAGGUAACUACCUAACUACCUACUCCUGUUGUCAAGAUUGUCAUUGCACAAGUGACACGCCACAGAUUAAUAGAUACCUACUACGUGUCACGCAUUUACGUGUAUUACUAACUACCAAGGUUUCUUUUGAUGGUUGUCUGAAAAAUCGAUUGUUCAAAUGCGAAUAUGUAGGCGAUAACACUACCUAAAUCUCUCGUAUUCGUGUUCGAUUGUGUACAUGAGCCAUUAAAUCCUUAUUGAAAAUCCGUAGAUCAAUGAUGAUGAAUAUAGUUUGGCUAAUGAAAAUAGAGACUGAAAUGGCCCGGCAAAUAGGGGUGAUGACAGUUUUUUAAAUUGUAUGUAAAUUAAGAGUAUACUAAUAGCAAAGCAAUUUUGUAAAAGUAACAGGGUGUCUGCGAUCAUUACUUUCGGAGCUACAGGGAUUUAAAGGGUCAGAUUUGCGGCGCUGCCGCGGAUCCCUGAAAAACGCUCCAUACAAAAUGACACGAUUUAGUGACGUCGUUGACUCCCUGAUCGUUAGGUUUGUAUGGGCGUUCAAACAAAAUUACUAAUAUCUUUGUUAUUUAUGCGUUUAUGUUUAUAGUUCAUUUAUUGAAAAAUGUCACAUUUAAUGUAAGGAAGCUAAAACUGUAUGAUUUUUCAUCUAAUUACGAUAAAAAAAAAAUUAUAGAUUUUGAAAUUUUAUAAUCUUAUUUAUUUUGCAAAUAUCCAGACAAUUUUUGCUCUUUAUGUAUAAAUUAGUUAACCUUGUUUACCCGAAUGUAUCAUAAAAAUCAAUAUAUUCAAACAUAGUCAUCAUCCCCAUUCAAAAAACUAUCUACGAAUCUUUAAUAAACGUUUAAGUGUGAACACAUUACUACAUAUUGCUAUUAAAUUAAAUUGCAAUUAUCAAACUUGGGUUAUUUAAAUAUUUUCACUAUUGUUUUAGGAACGCCCUCCAUUUUAUUUAAAUUUGCCGGAUUUCAGUCUCUACUUUUAUUAGCCAAACCCUAUUACAAUACUAUCCCUGACACGACAUCUACAUUCUACAUAUCAGAUAAUAUUAGUUACAUCAACUGCACGGUUUGAGAUUUCAUACGAGUUACGACAGUUUCCUUUGGGGUUUAUAUUAUAGGCAAAUACUAACUGUGCGAUGCAUUCAGGGGUAGCUAUGCCGUAUGACAAUAUUCAAUUCAAUUCAAUUCAAUUUAUUUAUUUGCAAUUGUACAGUUACAUUAGCUGGUAUAAAAUAAAUGUUGAAGUAGGUACAUUAUACAAUUCGCCAUGUACUGGCAUGCAAAUUUCUUAAAACACUAUCUAAAAAUCACUAGUCAAAAUAAAUACAAUAUUAAAUUAGUUUUUACAAUAUCAUAUGCGCACUAUAUUUAUUUAUUUAUUUUGAAAUGUCUUAUUCUCUAAAGUGUCAAUAAAUUACGUCAAAGUUUAUUAAAAAAUGUCAAUCAAGUAAUCUUUAAUAGAAUAAUAACAUUUCUUGAGCAAAAUCAAAUAUCAGGAUUGCAACUAUUAUUUAAUAAGUAAUACACAAGACAAAUUAGCGUCCGGUUUUAAGAGUAGUUAUUCUCCAAUUAAUUUACGGAAAGGCGCGAUGUGCUGUCGACCCCUGUAUCACGCGAGCGACUGUAAAGCGGUUUGCCCAUAGACACUAAACGUAGUGGCGUAACUACAGGGUAGCAGGGUUCGCAAUAUGCCACGAGCCCAUGUUUUGAAGGACGAGAUGCUAUGAGCUAGUGAGAAGUAAUCUUACAAUUUAAAAAAUUACGUGGACCAUUUUUUGGGGCCCGUCCAAUUUUGCCACGGGCGAAAUGUUUAGUUACGCCACAGCUAAAAUGAAAAAUAUUUCUCACCGUGUAGAUGAUGGACUCAUAGAAAUAACAAUAUCUUAUUAAGUAGCUACUUGUAGAUAAAAGCAAUUUGUAAAUGUAUACUAUGCCGUUAUAGAUGCGCCCUUUCAAUAAUGAAACAUUCUUAAGCUGGUCGUUGAGAUGAAAUAUUGAUAUAGAAUAUGUAUAUUGUACAGAAGUGUCCAGCCAGAUACAUGCGUGUUUUUAUACGGUGGUACCAAAUGUUCUGUGUACCCAUUUGAGGUAAUUUGCAAAGAGCAUUUUACACGACAAAAUAUUUGAGUUAGACGAGAAUAUAAAAUCCGGCCGCUCAGAGAUUGCGUUUCUGACAUAUGUCAAUGUCACCUUUUUAUAAUUAGUUAAUUAAUUGGUUGUUAAUAAUUUUAGCCCAAAAUUAAUACGUUUAUUGUAAGUUGGCAUAAUUAUGUUAUUACUCGAUAUUAUGGUUAAUAAAAGAUAUUUAAAUAUCUCAUUGACAUUGACAGGUGUCAGAAACGCAAUCUCUGAGCGGCCGGUCUUUAACUGGCAACAAGAAUAUAAAGUAACUCAGUGUAUGCGUGUUUCUGGCUGUCAAUAUAAAACACUGACUCUCAGAGUAUCAUGAAUACGCUUCUGUUCUGCUCAAUACGCACAUAUUUACGAGUGCCCUUCCGGUGUCUGUUUUCUGUUACAAUUUAAACACUUUCAAGGCAAAAGUGAAUAGGCACUAUCUAGGCAAGCGCAUCCUAAUAAAGAUCUCAUCAUUGCUGCAUUCCAUUGCUCUCCAUCAGGCAUAUUAGUCAAGCGUAAGCCAGGUUAUGUCCCGUAAUUGAUGAAUAAAACGCAAAUGUUAGAUACACCACCUAAUUAGACAUUUUAAUCAUUUUUCUUUAAAGAAUAUACCCCUAGAGUUAUGGAAAAUACUCCCGAGUACUCUGUAAUGUAUAAACAAAAUAAAUGUUACUGCGUUGAAAAACUGAUUCAAAAUGGAAAAUUUUGAAAAAUCCGGAAAUAAAAAUAUACGUUGCACCCUUGGGAAUUUUUCAAAACUAUUCAAAUUAGUUUUAGAUAAUUAGGUGGUGGUGUAUCUACCAUUAACGUUUUACCUAUUAAUUACGGGACAUCUGUAUUAAAGAAUGGCCAAGUUGUGCGAUCUAUACAACAUUUAGACAUGAUUAAGAAAGUAAUUUUCAUAAUAAUAAAAAUUAAAAGUUUAUACUCGAGAAUAUUUCUAAUACAAUAGUAGUAAUAGUUUGAUUAGAUAUAUCGAAAUAUUUGAGAGAUUUGAGGAAGCGACUGUUGAUUAUGUGAUAUAUAUAAUUUAUUGCUUAUUUAUAAAAUAACGAAAUUGUGGCCUAAGUCGUAGGUUUUCUAACGUUUUUCACGUACUAUCGCGUACAGAAUGUGUUUAACAAUAAUUAUUAUAUUAGUUAAUGUAAUUAUUUUAAUAGGGCUGGGCUUUUUUUUUUUUUUAUUCUUUACAAGUUAGCCCUUGACUACAAUCUCACCUGAUGGUAAGUGAUGAUGCAGUCUAAGAUGGAAGCGGGCUAACUUGUUAGGAGGAUGAAAAUCCACACCCCUUUCGGUUUCUACGCGGCAUCGUACCGGAACGCUAAAUCGCUUGGCGGUACGUCUUUGCCGGUAGGGUGGUAACUAGCCACGGCCGAAGCCUCCCACCAGCCAGACCUGGACAAAUUAAGAAAAUCUCAAUCUGCCCAGCCGGGAAUCGAACCCAGGACCUCCGUCUUGUAAAUCCACCGCGCAUACCACUGCGCCACGGAGGGCUUGUUUGAAAUUACUAUCGCAGUUAUAAUAUACACGUUUAAGAAACUUUUCUAUAUAUUUAAAUAUGUAUUUAAUAAUAUUUCUUAUUCUUGUAGAUCAGGAGAACAUUUUUCCCAAACUAGAUAAACUUAGUGAAAAGUUUGGAUUGGUAUAUUACAUUUUAAAAAUCAUACUACAUCAUAUAAAUGCUUAGUUAAAUAUUAAAUGUUGCUAUGUUGUCUGUUUAAUGUUUACAAUAGUAAAAUAAUUAAAUGUACGCGAUUCUAUGUACGUCCCUAAAUAAUAGUGUUGAGGGACUUGUAGGGAACUUGUAUAUACAGACAUUUAAAGUAUUAUAUACAUUCUUGUAUAGAUUUUUAUAACAUAGUUUAUAAUCGUUGAUGUGUUUGUAUGUGCCCAACUGUACUCGGGCUAGCUUACAGUGGAGCCUUGUUUUGAGCCGAAGCUUAGUUGGUUUAGAUGGUUGCUUAAACGGCACAAUAAUAAAAUAGUGUUGCCUAAUCUUUUUUUUAAAUUGUUAUUCAGACCCGUAUGUUUCUAAUAAGAAGUUUUUUUUUAAUUUUUUUUUGCAAUUUUUUAGGGUUUCGUACCUCAAAACAACAAACAGGAUCCAUACAAGAUUGUUUUGUUGUCCGUCGGUCCCUAAGACCCUUUAUUCGGGAAUACGUGGAGGUAUCAAGGUACGGUCCCAUGAAGCUGUGAAAAAAUCAAAAAUCUAAGUUUACGUAAAAAAUUCCGCAAAAUUAACCUAUGAAAUUUGGCAAGUAACUAUAUGUUUGUAAUAAAACAAGGGAUCUGAAAUUGUCUCGCACUAGUCCAGUGUUUUACAGUAUGUAUAGGUAUGCGUAUUAUCAUAAAUAUGGUGUACGUUUUUUUGCAGUAUUAACGUCGUGCGAAUGGUUCUAUGAACAACGUAUAUUUAUUCACUAAGUUGUGUAUCACUGUAUACCUACUGUAAAAAACGUAUAGGACUAUACCGUGUGAAACUAGCGUAAAACGCUCAAAUUCAAAAAUAUGUAAUUCGAUGUAAAGCUCAAAGACCAUCGAGUUUAUAUUUCUAUUUUUAAGUUGUUAAUGAUAAUUAAAUACACAGCUCAAACAUCAUUUUUAUGAUACAGCAGGUUCUUAUUCUACAACUCAAAAUAACCCAAAAUAUAAGUCCAAACAAUAAACUAGGCGAGUUAUAGAGCUAAAUCUACAAGAGAGAUAGAAAAUAAGAAAGACAAAAAUUCUUAAAUACAUAAUGAAGAGCUAUUAAUGCAUUUGGACGACUUGUAUUUUGGGUAAAAAUCGUUUGUAAAUUGUUUCUAUGGAAAAAAUAAAAACCCAUAAAUUGCA